ACGGAGAUAGGAAAAUUUUUACCCUUUCAGUUUGACAGGUGUUACUGUGUAUUGUUAUCAUCCAGAAAAUCACAGGAACGUGUAUGAAAAACAUAAGCAGCAGUUGUCAUAGUAAUUGUGAGUCUGCAUCAUGGCUGAAUCCAAGCCUGUUUCUUGCUGACUGUGGAUCCCAGGAGGGUGAGGCCCCAUCCCUCUCCCUCUCACUCUCAAGCUUGGGGAUGGAUAGGAUACAGGAUGCUGUGGCGUGGUAUCAGAAAAAGAUUGGGUACAAUGACAAACAGUUGUGGGAGCAGUCUGUGGAGAUGAAACUGCAGAAGGUAAGGCUGGCAGAUUUGCUUGGUUGCAGGUUAAAAACUGAAUUCAUAGAUGUGGACCUCAUUCGAGGUUCUACAUUCUCAAAGGCCAAGCCAAAGGUAUCAUGGACAUCCAUUACAGGCAAUGCUAUCAUUCGAUGCGUUCUCCUGCCAGUAUACUUCAGAUGGUGGGUGCAGCAGUCCUCUGUGUUGUUCUUCCUGUUCCUGUUGUACCUCUACACACAGCAGCUAGUCACUAUGGUCGUCUACUUCAGAACUGUUGGCGAGAUCACGGAGGACGAGCUGUCUCUGUCAGAGGUCAUGAUGCCUGCCAUACUGAUGAUGGUGCUGGCUUUGAUUCACUCCCAGACUGUAGUAUCACACCUCUCUCACAAAACUCCUCUAAGGGAUCUCAACAAACUCAACAGAAGUCUAUCCAAAUCAAAGAAACGUGUAAGUAAGGUUGGCAUUUCAACAAGUAGUCAAAAAUCUCAGGAAAGCAUUCCAUCCGAUUCAACAGUGUCACGGUCACAGUCAGCGAAGAGUUUUACAGUUAUCCCUGACACAUCCCUUGACAAUGAGGAGUCAAGAUCAGCCAAAGGAAGCACAAGGGAUAAUCUUAGUGGGCAAGACAGAAAGGGCAAACAGAAAAGCAUGUCCGUUAAGAGAAACGCUCAGAAGAAUAUGGAAUGCAGAAGAAGUAUAUCACCAAAGGAACCAAAUCAAAAGGAUUCUAUAAAAGUUAACAAUCAGAAGAAACAUCAACUGAAUGUUGUUCAGUUGGAGUCAGGAAAAUCUGCACUGGCAUCUGUGUCUCAUGAGGGUGUCAUGAGUGUUGAUUCCAGGGACGGUCAUACAGCAGGACACUUGUGUAAUACAGAAUUGUUGGAUAUGAAUGCAAAAUGUGAACAGUUGUCUGCCAAUAGUGCAAGUGAUAAAUUAUGUUCUGUUAAUAAUGUUGAUUUUUUGGAGGAAGACUUUUCUUCUUUCGGAUCUGAAUCUCAGGAUAAUGAUUUACAUUUGCCAGGAGCUAUAGGGGAGAUAAUCCAGAAGGGCAGUUCCAGGGAUGGAAUUGAGGAAGAAAACUUUGCUGAUUCUGAACGAAUUUCGGAUGACAUUCAUUCAGAUUCAGAGCAUGAAUCAAAAGUACAGUUAGGGGAUUCAGGACAAUUUAGCAAAAGUUCCCAUGAUCUCAGGGAAAGUUGUGGAACGGAGUUAUCUCAGACUCAAAGUAAACAGACACAUUUAGAGAUCACACGUAGACUAUCCGACCUAGCAAAGAAAUCCAGGCAGGAUUCCGAUGCAGAAGAUGUGUCUGAGAAUGAGGUCAUGACAGACAUGAAGUUAUCCAUGUCUGGGACAUCAUUACGACGGCGGCGACGUGUUAACAGUGCCAAUAAGAGUGCAGAUCUCGGGGAGGUUGCAAGAUCACGUGUUGUGCCAAAUAACUUGGGACUAUGGCCUCAAGCUGUGAAAGCUCCAAAUGGGGUUGUUGGGAGUUCCUCGGAAAAUGAAACUACACCUGGUCCAGCGACACCAGACACAGGAAAUAAGGUGACAUUGAGUUCAGAGGAGUGGGAGGACCGGAUACAGUCUGAUGUGACCACCUCCUCGUCCUACUCAUCGAGCUGUGGAUCAGAGGCCGAGCUGACGGACAGCGGGGAGAACCAGUUGGAGAUCGAUGAGCUGCACACCCAGGGAUGGACCACCAGCAACCUACAUGUCAUCAACUUGUUACAGCCGCCAACAGCAUCUUCCACUGGUGUCAGCCAUAUUCCACCACCUGAUAAAGUGAGCUGUGUUUUAUGGGAAGGCAAUGAAUGUAAGAAGGUGGACCUGACAGCUCUGGACAUUGGCUGGGCUAUCAUCGACAAGGUGGACAACAUGCCUGAGAGCUCUGACUACAUCGUCAUUGGCCUUGUGCUCUCUGUCAUCAUGGCAUGUGUCCCACUGGUGUUCCGGUUGUACCACAUAAAGCAGCUGCCGGAUCUGUUCAAGCUGGCCGGGAUCUACAGCAUGUGGGACCAGCUGCAACAGAAUCCCUGGAGACGUAGUUUAUUCGCUGUGAAUGGUGUUACGCAGAGGUUGUGCCUUAGUCUCAUUUUCUUCUUCCUGCUGUCUGUUGCUGACAGGACAUUUAAACAGCGCCUGUUAUAUGCCAAGCACUUCUGCUACCUCACAUCUUCUCGUCGAGCCCGCAAAUUUGACAUGCCACAUUUCCGUCUCAGUAAAGUGAGAAACAUCAAAACAUGGCUGUCUCUGCGAUCUUACCUCAAGCGCCGAGGACCCCAGAGGUCUGUGGAUGUUAUUGUUUCUGCAACCUUCCUGCUUGCUAUCUGCAUUGUUACGCUUAUGUGCCUACAGAUGCUGAAGGACGCAGAAACGUACCUGGAUUUUGAAUGUAACUGGGAGUUGGUGUUCUGGUGUCUAGCACUUGGUGUGUACCUCCUCCGCUUCAUGACCCUUGGUCUCAAGAUCAACAAGAAGUACCGCAACCUGUCAGUGCUCAUCACAGAACAAAUCAACCUGUACCUGCAGAUGGAACAGAAGCCCCACAAGAAGGAGGAGCUGAUGCUGGCCAACAAUGUCCUCAAACUGGCAGAGGAGCUUCUCAAGGAGUUGGAGAGCCCGUUCAAGAUUUCUGGGUUCUCUGCAAACCCACUCAUCUACAACAUCACAAAAGUUGUUGUUUUGUCAGCAUUUUCAGCCGUUCUCACUGAGCUGCUUGGUUUCAAGUUGAAACUCUACAAGAUCAAGUUCAAGCCUUGAAUAUGGUUGUGGUCACAGUACACUUUUACAGAGGUGAUCAUUGUUUAUAUGCUAUGCAGUUUCCAGCUUUAUCAGGACAGUUUUGUACGUCUCAGUACAGCCGUGUGCAGAAUUGUGCACUGGUUUUUAAGAGUUUUUCAGUUUCCUGUUCUUCAAUAUUUAACUCAGUGAAAUUAAUGGCGCCACUCUUUGUCAAAAAUAUUUUAUAGGAUUACAAGUUAUUACAGUAGAUUGAUUGUUAUUGUUUGAAUUAUGUAAACAAUGAUGUGUCUGUACCUGUACCUUAAGGCUUUUCAGAAAUGGCAAUCUUCAAACGUAUUUUAGUAUCAUCUGCUUUUAUGAAUAUCAGUCAUUGUUAGAAAUUAAGAACAAAACCAGGGGUCCUUUUCAUUUGUUCAGGAUAUUUGGGAUUCUUGAUUUCAAAAAUGAAUCCAAAAGCACCCAGGUCUCUGCACAUGAUCAUUUUCUUGACUGUUCAGAGUUGCCUUCCUUUCCAUGCUGUGAUCUGCUGAUUGUCAGCUCAAAUCUGAGUUUAUCAUAACUAUGAUUCAUGGUCUUUUCAUCAUGGAUUCUUGGACUUUUGGGUUCCAUCUUAUCAUUUUGAACUAAAACCCCAACAUGUUGAGAAAUAAAUUGAUGUUAAGCCCAAUUUCUCUAGCUUGGGCCCCCUUAAUUUCUAACACUGAUACCUCUAUAUCUUGCUCAUCAUCAGACAGAUGUGGCAUUGCAGAUCCUAAUCUGCUUCUUGUGUACACUUGAAAUCAAAAACAUUUAUUCCAGACAGAUUUAUUAAGAAGGAUCAGCUAGGCUAUGGUUCUAGUGUCAUUGCCAGAUGAAGCAGUUUUGAUAAUUGUGUAAUUGUUGUAUUUCCAAAUGGUCUUCACCAGAAAGGUGUUGUGGGUUACAUAUUUAUGAUAAUUUGUUAAUGUUGACUUUUCCUUAGUAUCUAUAGUUUUUUUAUAAUUUUAUAUCAUAGUUAAAUAUUUACAAUAUCCAAUUAGUUAAAAUAGGUGAGAGAGGUUGUUUUUAAUGAGUGGCCAUCAAAACGCUUUCACAGAAUACAUCAAUUAUUGUAUGUUAAAGUGCAGACUACCUAUGCAGCUGAAUUAGAGAAACAUUGCUUAUCAUCUCAACAGAUUCUUGUCUUGCUUAUGUUCUGAUUUAAGAUCUGUGUUCUUCCAUUAUGUAUUCAAAGAUGUUUCACUGCUUUC